AUGUCUUCCAGCUACCCAGGCGCUGCUCCGCCUCCCGCGGGCGUCACGCCGGAUUUGGAAAACCCGACUGAUGUCCUGCGAACCAUCAUCUUCGUCACCCAGGCAUUGACCCUCGUAUUCGUCACCUUCUUUUCUUCUUACGCCGCCACCAUCUUUUACGCUCCUAUGGCCAUGACGGUCAAGCUGUCGCUUCUCCUGAUCAUCAUCCGGGUCUUUGGAUCUGUCCACAAGAAGACUCUCAUCGGUAUAUACGUCCUCGUCGGUAUCAUCGUGGCCUACUAUACCACCGGCCUCUUCAUCAAGAUCUUCAUCUGCUGGCCCAUCUCGGCCUACUGGAAGGGCGAGACGCAGAAGUGCCUGGACCAGAGUGCCGUCAUCACGGCCGACGCCAUCAUCAGUGUCGUCAGCGAUCUGGCCAUCCUCUUCCUCCCAACCCCGCUCACCUGGUCUUUGCAGAUGCCCCUCAAGAGGCGUAUGCGUAUCAUCGGCAUGCUAGCCGGUGGUGGCGUUGCCACCGGCUUCAGCAUCUACCGCCUGAUCCUCAUCGUCGACGAUGGCAAGUCUGUCAACCAGAGCAUCGUGUUUGCCAAGGUUAUCCUGUCAGGCCCCAUCCAGUCUUCAUCAGCUGCUGACGAGCUUCAAAGAAACGCCGAGGCUGGUAUCGGCCUGAUUUGCGCCUGUCUACCCGCCGCCAACGCCAUGUUGACCAAGAUCAGGGACCCCACAUACUUCCUGGGUAAUAGCCGGUCCCGCCAUGAUACCACGGGCAACCGUGGCGAGAUCGUCAUGACACGCUCUUUCCACAUCAACACGUCGGAUCGCGACACCAAGGAUCCUGGCAACGACAUCUACGAUCUGGGCCAAGAGGAGGCCGUCCUCACAUCCUCGGCCCAGCAAUGGGUCAUGCUCCCCAAGUCGAUCUGA